UUUUUCCCAAUUCUAUCGAAAUUAUCUAUCAAAGCGGAUAAGCAAGCCAGCAAGCCAGCAAGCAGCUAGCGCCAUUUCCGACUGCAAAUGGAAAUCCUUGCGCUUCAACUCCCGCCCAUCAAUGCUCUCCAUCAUCACAAACCAAGAAGCUUCAACUGUCUCUCCGGCUCAGUCGCUACUGCAAUCCCUUUUUCAUCGAAUCUCAAUAUUCGCCGCAAUUGCAGGCGUGGAGUAAGAAUGCAACAAGCUGUUGAAGAAGAGUACGAGGUGAAGCAAAUGAAAGAUCUUGCUGCAGCUAGAAGAAGAUGGGAGACUUUGGUCCGGGAGGGAAAAGUAAAAGUUUUAACUCCAAGAGAAGCUGGAUAUGCCAUUAAACUCUCGUAUAAAACAUUGCUUGAUGUUCGUCCCUCCACUGAGCGCCAAAAGGCUUGGGUCAAAGGCUCUACUUGGAUUCCCUUAUUUGAAGUUGAUGACCGUGCCGAAGCUGGUACUAUCGCGCGGAAGGUCACAGAUUUUGUAAUGGCAUUUUUUGCAUGUUGUAUGUUGUGUGCUUUAGGUGGAUGGUGGAGUGGCGUUCCGACUUUGUCCUACAAUAAAGAAUUUGUGUCCAAAGUUGAGGAAAAAUUCCCCAAAGACACUGACCUUAUUGUGGCUUGCCAGAAGGGAUUGAGAUCCCUUGCAGCUUGUGAGGCACUGUACAAUGCCGGUUACGAAAAUCUAUUUUGGGUUCAAGAGGGUCUUGAGGCUGCCGAAGAAGAGGACCUUGAAAGAGAGGGACCUCAAUCCUUUAAGCUUGCAGGGAUUGGUGGACUUUCAGAGUUUCUCGGUUGGACAGAUCAACAAAGAGCUGCAGCUGCCAAGGAAGGCUGGGGCUACCGACUGGUCUUCUCAGCCCGUCUGAUCGGGCUGUUUCUUGUGGCUGAUGCCUUGUUUCUUGGGGCACAGCAAUUCGGACACUAUCUUCAGGACUUGAGGUCUCACUGAAUAAUAUCUGCAGUUUCGCGCCGUUUCCAGGUUCUAUAUGUUGUAGUUAUGAAGGAUCCCUUUUCUUUGUUAAUAAUGGUGUGGCCUAUUUUGUUCAUCUGAUUUUGGUUCAUAGUUUUGUCUUAGUUAUUAAGUUGUAGUGAUGGUUUUGGCCAAAAUAUUGUGUUGUGAAAUUGGCAUUUGUUGAAAUGACUUUUUCCUUGAGUGUUGGAAUUA